AAAUGUCAUAUAAUCAUAUCCUAAUAUCACAAUUCCUCAAAAUAUGCCUACACUCUUAUUAAUGUUUUUUCCCAAAAGUCAACUGUCUAGCCCCUCUGUAUCUAUUUUUUUUAUCAAGCUCAUGCUUAUCUAAUUUAAUUAAAAUAAUGCUUCCUCUCUUUCACUCAGAUUUUUUGCAUAAACUAAAUAUAUCCAUCAAAUAUCUAUACACAUUUCUAAUCUCUCAUCAUACGUCAGUCAACCAAAUAAAUUGUUCUCAAAUUUUAAAAUAAAUAGAUGAAAUCAUUCAUAUAAUUUAAAUUAUUUUACAAAUUCUUGUUUAACAUAUUGUGUUAAUUAUAUUUAAAGAUUAUUUUCAACAAAGAAUCUUUUAGCCAAAAAAAUUUGCAUCUAGAACUUGAAAAAUAUUUUUUGAUUUAUUAAAAAAAGUUGCUUCCAAAAUUAAUACAACAACUUCGUUUGUACAUACAUUUAAAUAUGAGACAAAUGACCCAUAUCAUAUAUGUUUUAUUUUUUUAGAUUUCAUACAUCAAAUCAUAUUUUUUUCAAUAAUUCUAUAUAUACAUCCGGGCAUACAUAUAAAUAAUUUAAACCAAAUUAUUACAUAUAUUUAUUCAAAUUACAUUUUAUAGUAGGAUAAUGCUACGAUUAUUUUUUUGCAUUGAAUAUGUCGUAGCAUACUCUUUAUAAUAAUUUUCUGAACAGGUUCGAGUUUAAAUAAUAAUUAUCAAAUUAAGCAUUACGUGGCGUGCCUAGGACUACUAAAUAACGGAAUUCUCCUUAAUAUUACUCUUUUUUUUUUGUCAAUCGGUAGAAGAAUAUUUACAAAUAUCAAAAGAUUAUAUUAAACUGGACAAUCAGUCCAACAAGAAAAACAAGCCCAACAAUAACAACCAUUACAAGAAAAAGUCCAUAAUAGGAAAUAAAUAACCAAUAGUUGCCUACGACAAGAAUUAACCCUGACCUUUUAGUUGAGAGUGUACAAGAGUGACCCGUAAAUAACUUCUCCAUAUUGUUUUUGUGACAAUGAUGACAGUGAUCAUAUGGUCCAGAGUACAUCUGUACAGCAUCCUAUAUAUACCAACCUAUUGUGGAACAUUUGCUAGAUAAUUAAGGUAGUACUGGUAGUGCCCAACAUGGAAGUAACAGUAAGCUCUAUUGUUACCUCCAUUGCUUUGGUAACUUUCCUAACAUGUGCAUGGAGGGUAGUGAACUGGGUGUGGUUGAGGCCAAAGCAGAAAGAGAGGUGGCUGAGAGAGCAAGGUUUCAAGGGAAAUCCAUACAAACUGUUGUAUGGAGACACCAAAGAGAUGAUAUCAAUGAUGAGGGAAUCAAGAUCCACAUCCAUGGAUUCAUCCUCAGACGAUCUUAUCCCACACGUCCUACGGUUCCACCAUCAUAACAUCAACCUUCAUGGUAAACAUUACUUCCAAUGGCUGGGCCCAACACCACAAGUAAGUAUUGCAGAUCCUAAACUGAUGAAGGAGAUCUUGUUUAACUAUGAAGUCUUUCAAAAAAAAGUGCAAAACCCACUUGCCAAGUUCCUAGUGAGAGGGGUUUUGAUGUGUGAGGGCGAGAAAUGGGCUAAGCACAGAAACAUUCUCAACCCAGCCUUUCAUCUAGAAAAGUUGAAGCACAUGGUACCAGCAAUGUGCUUAAGUUGUUGUGAGAUGAUAAGCAAAUGGGAAGUGCUAGUCUCACAAAAAGAGUCAUGUGAGGUUGAUGUAUGGCCUUAUCUUCAGAAUGUGACAGGCGAUGUGAUUUCUCGAACAGCAUUUGGUAGUAACUAUGACGAAGGAAAAAAAAUAUUCCAACUCCAAACUGAACUAGGUGACCUUAUAAUCCAAUUCGCACGAUCAAUUUACAUUCCAGGGUGGAGGUUUCUACCAACAAAGAAAAACACAAGAAUGAAAACAAUCUAUAAUGAAGUGAGAGCUCUACUAAGCAAUAUUAUCCAAAAAAAAGAGCAGACAUUGAAGGGAAAUGAUGGAGAUAAUGACUUGUUAGGAAUACUAUUGAAGACAAAUUUAAAAGAAAGUCAAGUACAAGGAAACAAGAAGAACAUCAAACUGACAAUGGGAGAGGUAAUCGAGGAGUGCAAGCUAUUCUACCUUGCUGGGCAAGAGACCACCUCAACUUUGCUUGUGUGGACAAUGAUCUUGUUGAGUAAGCAUCAAAAGUGGCAAGCUCUAGCUAGAGAAGAGGUUUUAACAGUAUUUGGGAACAACAAACCAAGCUAUGAAGGGUUAAAUCGACUCAAAAUUAUGACCAUGAUUUUCUACGAGGUUCUUAGGUUAUACCCAGCAGUACCUUUACUUGUUCGAACUGUACACAAGAAGACAAAGGUCGGAAAUUUUGUUCUACCUCCUGGACUGGAACUUUUGUUGUCAGUUAUGUCAAUCCAUCGUGAUUGUGAAACUUGGGGUGAAGAUGUAAUGGAGUUCAAGCCUGAGAGAUUUUCAGAAGGAAUUACAAAGGCAACAAAGACCCCAAGCACAUUCCUUCCUUUUGGUGGGGGUCCCCGUAACUGCAUUGGACAAAACUUUGCAAUGAUAGAAGCAAAAAUAGCCUUGGCAAUGAUUUUACAACGUUUCUCAUUUCAGCUUUCCCCAUCCUAUGUGCACGCUCCUUCCCAUGUUUUUACACUGAAUCCCCAACAUGGUGCUUGCUUGAUAUUACAAAAAAUUUAGGAUUUGAUUGAUCUUUACAAUAAUAAUAUGUAAAAAGAGGAUCUUAAC